CGCGACGGCGGUUUCACAGGAGCCGCCGGCAAGGGGGCAACGAGGAAGCUCGUUAUUGCAUAGCCGGAAAGAAAAAGUUGAGAUUACAGACAUCCUGCCAGAAUGAUUUCUUCAAAGCCCAGACUUGUGGUGCCCUAUGGCCUCAAGACUUUGCUCGAGGGAGUUAGCAGAGCCAUUCUUAGAACCAACCCACCAAACAUCACCCAGUUCGCAGCAGUUUAUUUUAAAGAACUCAUUGUAUUUAGAGAAGGGAAUACAUCUCUGGAUAUAAAAGAUCUGGUUAAAAGAUUUCAUCAGAUUAGAGUGGAGAAAUGGUCAGAAGGAGCAACACAAGACAAGAAACUAGGAUGCAAAAAAGAGCGAGAAGGAACAUCUGUAGUUUCCCAGGAACCUACAAAAAUGGAAAAAUCAACGGACACAGAGGAGGACAAUAUAACUAAACCACAGUACAGCAACAAAACCACCCAGUUUCCAUCACUUCAUGCUGAGUUCGUAGAGCCUGAGAUGCCAGAAUCAGCACGUGGUCCUUCCAAACCAGGCUCUCCUAAGGUUACCACGCCACCCUCAUCACCAUCUCCAGCAGCCGUCCCAGCAGAGUUUGCUUAUGUGCCCGCUGACCCAGCUCAGUUUGCUGCUCAGAUGUUAGGUAACGUUUCAUCUGUUCAUUCUGAUCAGUCUGAAGUGUUAAUGGUGGAUGUGUCAACAAGUAUGCCUGGUGUGCCCAAGGAGGUCCUGGGCUCAGAGGCUGCUGAAGAAUUCCAGGUGACCAGUUCUCUUAAGUAUUCUGGAGAAGUGGUAACUAUGGAGGUUGUGAGCCAAACAUCUGUCCAGGUAGAUUUGGGUUCUAAACCUAAAGACCUUAAGGCUGAACCAACAACAGCUUCCUCAUCCCCCUUGCAGGGUGAACAAGAACCUCCUGCUCCUGAGGUCCCUUUUCAGGCCGAUGUAGAGAUCACAUCAGCUGUUCAUAUUUCAUCCAUAUAUAACAAUGAGCCUGUGACUGAAGGAGUUGUUUAUAUCGAACAAAUACCAGAACAAAUAGCUAUUCCUUUUACUGAUCAAGUUGCUUGUCUUAAUGAAAAUGAGCAGUCACCACCAGUUAGCCCCAGACCUGUAGUGGCCAAGACAGCCUCAAGCAUGUCUGGAAAAUCUAUAGAGCCUGAAAAACUUGCACAGUUGGAGAACGAAAAAUAUGACUCCCCGAUGCAGACAGUUCUGUUUGCUGACACCUCUCUGAGCGUUCAGCCUGAGGGACCUGCAGAACCCCUGGAUGCAGAGCGCUUUAUCAGAAUAGGCUCUGCGAAAUCUCUGCACCUUGAAGUGGAGAUCAUGUCUGUAGACCCUGACAAUACUGGGCAGGAGUCACGGGAGAACUCUGCACCCCGGGAUACAGGGGGCGACCCUGUAAAGGCAUCUAGCGGUCCCUUCCCUCCUGCUCCAGAAGGUCUUACUGAAACCGAAAUGGAACCACAAGGGGAAGUCUCACCUGAUGAACAGGUUUGAUGAAGUCAGCACUAGCAGCAAGCGAAGCAGGACAACCACCACCAUAUUCUAACAUGUGGACCCUUUAUUGUCUAACUGAUAUGAAUCAACAAAGCCGCCCAUCACCGCCACCUGCGCCUGGGCCUUUCCCCCAAGCAACCCUCUAUU